UUGACAUUAGUAAAUGCGACUCCUCCCUAUGUUCUCGUCGCCUCUCACGGCCGCCCUCGUCGCCGUCUUCUUCUUCUUCUUAGCCGUCCUCCUUCAGCGUCGGGGCCUCCCUUCUUCGUCUUUCCUGCGUCCGUCCUCAGAUCCAAUGGCGGCGCGUACCUUCAUCCUCUGGCUGCAUGGGUUGGGCGACUCCGGACCGGCCAACGAGCCCAUCCGGACCUUCUUCUCCGCUCCCGAGUUCAAGCUCUCCAAGUGGUCCUUCCCGUCCGCCCCUCACUCUUCCGUCUCCUGCAACUAUGGUGCUGUAAUGCCUUCCUGGUUUGACAUUUAUGAGAUACCUGUGACUUCUGAAUCCCCCAAAAAUGAAAGCGAUGUUCUUAAAGCUGUUCAGAACGUGCAUGCUAUUGCAGCAAAAGAGGUUGACAAUGGAGUAAACCCUGAAAACAUAUUUGUUUGUGGAUUUAGCCAAGGAGGCGCUUUGACAUUGGCAAGUGUAUUGCUUUACCCAAGAACUUUGGGAGGUGGUGCAGUUUUUAGUGGAUGGGUCUCUUUGAAUUCAUCAAUUAUUGAACGAAUUUCUCCAGAAGCCAAAAAGACACCUAUUCUCUGGUCUCAUGGUAUGGCAGACAGAACUGUAUUAUUUGAGGCGGGGCAAGCUGGACCUCCUUUUCUUGAGCAAGUUGGUAUGAGUUGUGAAUUCAAGGCUUAUCCUAAUGUUGGUCAUUCUAUCACCACGGAAGAAUUGCUGCAUCUUCAAUCGUGGAUCAAGGCUCGUCUGAAGAGUUCUUCAUGAAGACCAUCACCAACUUCUCUUCACAAUACUUCGAUCAUGCUUGGCAAUAGAAGAACAGAUCAUUUACCCUCUCUUGACCAUAGGCUUUGCUAUGGCUAUGCAUCAACUGCUACACCAUCUUGUUUGCCAAUUCAUGUGAGUGGAUAUUCCAAACUGUUGUCAAAUUUUUAGGCAUACAAGUGAGAAUAUUGAUGAAAUGUUAAUGAAGUCGUGUCAUUUUUUUUAUUGA